AUGGCGAAACUGUCAUCCAAGAACGAAAACGACAAACCGGGCGACAACCCCACUGAGGAGGAGGUCCAAGAUGAGUCCUUUUACGAAGACCCUGACGACGAGGCCGGCGACAGAGAAAAGGAUAGCCAUGACUCGCCCACCCCCGAGUCUCGUCAUCAAACUCCCAAGCCUUCCAAGAUUGACAAGGGAAAACAGAAGCAAGCCUACCAGUCUCCCGGCGCCUGCUUCCGCAACCUUCACUUUGUCGACAAUGUCCAGUCGAUUUUACAUCGGCGCCACGACCAGAAUGACAAGACUAAAGCCCGUUGCGUCUCGCUGAAAGCCAUGGCGGCCGCCUCCUCAAUGCCCUCGCCUGAUGACAAGUACGCCAGGACUGCCACCCUCCGUAGGCAUGGGGAUGAUGACAUCGAGGGCCUGCCGGAGCAUCCAAUAACCAUCAAUGAGCUCAAGGGAAUGUACAUAAGGGACAUCCACCCCAAAGUGUCCGAGCCGGUCUUUGCUGAAGUCUUGGAAAACAUCUGGACUGACGUAAUGAUCAAAAAAUCCCAGCUAAGCGAUACCGUCGAGCGCCAGAAGGAUGGCACUAUUCAUUUUGAACCCAUCACCACCACAGGCAAGGCCUCCCAAUUCAAUGUGGAAACCAACCUCAAGACGGCCAACAAGUGGGUCGUCUACAUGAGCCAAAGGACUGCCGAAUUGCAAGUGCAGUUGGACAAUGCACGCAAGGACAAUGACCAUCUCAGAUGUGCGAGACCCGACAUCGCUACACAAACGCGGGAGAGGGGAAGAAACCAAUCUGACGAUGCGUUCCGUGAGGCCGUCCGUGACGCUGCCGCCAACCUGGUCCAACCGAAGGAGGACCAAUGGAGCCAGAAGUACAAACGCAUGAAGGAUGACCUCCUUCGCAAGGUCGAGGAAUGUGAGAGUGAAGCCCAGAAAUCCUAUGCUUCUAUGGGAAUGGCAAUUUUACGCCAAGGCGAGCUCGAGGCCGAGUUGGCCGACGUGCAAGCUGAACUCGCUUUGCUUCAAUCGAAGAAGUGGCCUCGUCGCAAGACAACCGUCUCUCCUGCUACACACUUCCAUGGCGAUGAAGACGACGAAGAGAUUCUCGACACCAUUGAGGACGAGGGAGACCAAGGUAGCGAGGGCCGUCGACGUGAGCAGCGUGGCGAAGGCCACCGGCACAACAGCCGUGCUCGCUCUGCCAGCGGCGACUAUUCCAAGAAUACGCGUUUCGUUGCUGGAGGCGGCAACCCUCCUUCUUCCGAUGAUGCCUCCGAUUCUGAUGAAGACGAUAAUACCCCCAUCUCCCAGGCGCCCUCUACUCUGUCAGGCAGGAAGUCGGCCAAGGUAGACGUACCCCGCUUCUUCGACGACCCUUCGGAAGACAAGGUCACGUUCGACGCUAAGUUCGCCGAAGUCUUCAACCGUCUGGGUGGCAGUGUGGCUGACAAUGUCCUGCCUUUCCUGGACAAGACCCAUCCCGAGCGUCUGCGUAUCAGCAAGCAACUACUUGAGCAUCUGUGGGAAGCAUACCACAACCACAAUGCCCAUGAGAAGGCCGUCCAAGAAUUCCAGAGGUUUUACAUGAAGACGAGUGAGACAUUCGAGGACUUCAAAGUCAAGUUCGUCCGCCUGGCCGGCCAACGUCGUUGCCCCAAGGAACAGUGGAAGCCUGAGAUGCGGCGUCGUCUCACCCCUUAUCUGCGUAGUCUGUUCGAGACUACCUACUUGUCCGAAUCCAGCUUCAAACAAUAUUGCAAGCUUCUCCAGUCCCUGGAUGAAGGCAAGCGCAUGAAUGAUAAUUCAAACGCCGUGAAUCUGGAGGCCAGGAAGACUAACUCUGAUUACACCAAGCCCAGAAAUAGCCCUUCAGGUGGAUCUUACGCCAAGCGACCCUCCGACGACGAGUUGAAACGCCUGCAUCGUCUAGGACUUUGCUUCGCUUGCAAGAAGCCGGGCCAUCUGUCCACGGCUUGCCCCGAGAAGAACAAGCACGACCGUGCUCUGGACGCUAGCAUUGCGGAGAUUGCCAACCAGACCUGGGGAGAUUCGGUAACCGAGGUCGAAGAGUCAGCGGAGGAGGACCCCCACAACCCUGUUGAGGAGCUGGUUAACCCCAAUCCCGACCAGGGAAACUAA